ACAACCUCAAGGGCCUCAUCCUCGCCGUCGCCUCCAGCGCCUUCAUCGGCGCCAGCUUCAUCUUCAAGAAGAAGGGCCUCAAGCGCGCCGGUGCCGCCGGUGCCCGCGCCGGCGUAGGUGGGUACGGGUAUCUCCUGGAGCCGCUCUGGUGGGUGGGAAUGAUCACCAUGAUUGUUGGAGAAAUUUCCAAUUUUGUGGCCUAUAUGUUUGCCCCCGCGGUUCUGGUGACGCCGUUAGGGGCUUUGAGCAUCAUAGUGAGUGCUGUUUUGGCUCAUUUCAUUCUCAAGGAGAAGCUCCAGAGGAUGGGUGUGUUGGGCUGUGUGCUUUGUAUCGCGGGGUCCACGGUGAUCGUGCUUCAUGCCCCAGAGGAGAAGACCCCAAGCUCCGUGGAGCAGAUUUGGGAUCUGGCAACUCAGCCAGCCUUUCUUUUGUAUGCAGCUUCGGUAGCGGCGGUGUCGCUGGUUCUGAUGUUGCAUUGCUCUCCGCGGUAUGGGCAGACAAACAUAAUGGUGUACUUGGGCAUAUGUUCCACUAUUGGAUCUUUGACGGUGAUGAGUAUAAAGGCCAUAGGAAUUGCCAUUAAGCUUACAAUUGAAGGCAUCAACCAGGCUGGUUAUUUUCAGACAUGGGUGUUUACUAUGGUUGCAAUCACCUGCAUCAUUAUUCAGUUAAUUUACUUGAACAAGGCAUUGGAUACUUUCAACACUGCAGUUGUUUCACCCAUCUACUAUGCCAUGUUCACAACUCUCACUAUAUUUGCAAGUGCCAUUAUGUUCAAGGAUUGGUCUGGACAGAGUGCUAGCAAAAUAGCUUCAGAAAUUUGUGGGAUUAUUACAGUGCUUUCAGGAACAACUGUAUUACAUUCUACAAGAGAACCAGACCCACCUUCCUCUGCAGAUUUGUAUACACCACUUCCUCCUAAAAUAUUCUGGCACAUCCAAGGAAAUGGAGAACUAGGAAAGCACAAGAAUGAUGAUUUGUUAUCUGCUGAUUUCGUCACUGUCGUGCGGCAAGACUACUUCACCUAGAAGGCCCAGGGUGGUUGCUUGCUGUAUGCUGAACUCAUUGCUGCUGUGCCACAGAGACCUGGUUUCCCUUGGAUUAUUUGAGGCCCCUUCUUAUCAGUCACUGAAAUCUGCCUCAGCCUUCAUUGGCUCAAAGUGGUAUAGAAAGUUUUGUAGAUUAAGCAAGUGCUUAAUGAUUCAAGAAGCUACUUGGAUUCUUCCUUUAUUAUAGCCAUCCUUGUUUGCAUCACUGCCAGGUCUUAUAGUUCCCUCCUUUGAUUCUGUUAGUCUUUGGCCAAAGUCCUUGCGAUGCAUUACCAUGGCCAUAUUCCCCUUUUGGUCUGUCAUCUGAUUGGUAGUGCCUGGGUUGCGUUAGUUGGUCUAACCGUGGUCUUUAUUAGUGAGAAGAAUGAUCUUGAUUGUAAUUUUCUUUCUGUGAUUUGAUGUACAAGUUAUUGUACAGUCAACAUGUUAUAGCCUUUGGAAUUUUUGGAAUUGAAUCACUAGUGAUUAUUGAUCACGG